GCUUUAGGCUGUUUACUAUACAAAAUAUGUUUCUUUACAUUACCAUUUGGAGAAAGUACCUUAGCUAUACAGAGUGGAAACUUCAGCAUUCCAGAUAGUUCUCGAUAUUCAAAAGGACUACAUCAACUUAUAAGAUAUAUGUUAGAACCUGAUCCAGAGCAGAGGCCAGAUAUUUAUCAAGUUAGUUCUAUAGCAUUUCAAUUAUUAGGUAGAGAAAACCCUGUAAAGAAUUUAAUGAAAUCUUCAACGCCAAAUCUAGAUGAAAUACCAGUUCCACCAUUCGAAUCAGAGUUAAAGAAAACUCAGAUAAAAGUGCAAACUAGCAAGACAGUAGCACCUGUGAUAGAAGGAACCAGCGUAAUGCCGCGACAACGACCAAAAGGCAGUUCAGCCACUCCCUUGAACCUCAACAAUAUACCUUUAACUCUGUGUCCUAGUCCUACCUUAGCGAAAAAAAUCCCAGAGCCCUCUCCUAGUUCCAAUUCUAACAAUCAGAACUUUUCUCCUAACUUUUUCCCUACGCCUGAAAUGCCUCCUCCGCAUUUGGACUCAUUAUUUCAGUCUUCCAUAUAUCCUGAUCCCUUUCGAGAUGAUUCUGGAGCCUCACCCACUACUGCUGAUGCUAACAAUGGAAACAAAAUUGAAAGUAGGGACAAUUUUAUGAGUCAGGCACCUGCUAGUCUGCCAGUGAAUAUAGUAUCGCCAGUUUCUCCAGAAAACCCCUUGUUCGACACUGGAAAUGUCACUCAAGGAGUAUCCCUUCAGAUGAGAUCCGGUUUGACCGAAUCCAGCAACGUUAUCGGAGGAAACAGCACCCCUCCAGCUUCUCCAACCCUUGCAGUACCCAGAGGCCAUAGACGAAACAUGAGUGAUACUACAGCAUUUAAUAAAGCUUACGCAUCUGAAACAUCUCAAUUCCUAGCUCCUUUUGAAUCGUCGAUAAAACCCCGUAGUGUGACUUCGCCCACAGAAUCGUGCGAGGAUCCAAAUAGAACCUUGGCUCCAAUGGGCACUUCCGCAUCGACAAAAGACUUAAGUCGGGCUAUGGGUCCCGAUAGUCGGUCUCUAUCUGCUGAUGUGGCCGAUUGGAACCCCUUCGAAGAAGCACCUUUUAGCCAGUUGACUGAGGACCAUAUUUUCGGUGCGGAAUUUGACAAGAUUAGAAGAGGAAGCAGCAACAGUUUGCAAGGGAUGAAAUCGAAGGAAGGUUCGACGAUGUCCGUCUCCGAAGAUCCCUUCAGCAGCGCCCCUUUCAGUCUUCCGCUUCGCAGUCGAGAUAGAACAAAUAAAGGACCACAUUCCUCAGGAAAAACAGUGUCGAAGAAACCUGUGACAGAGACAUUACCUGAAGAAACAACGCUGUAUGAUUCAUCUCCAGAACAACAUGCGAUAGCGUCUGAAGGAGAAGCACUGAUUAAUACUGAACCUGAAUCUGACCAACCUAUAUCCCCACCGUUCGUUAAAGCACCAUUAGAAGAUCGUUCCAAAUAUGAGAAGUUAACUCAGGGGGUGUAUGAUGCAACUUCGUCGACCAGCAGUUCAGACGAAGAUGUUAAAUCAAAAAGAAAGAAGAAAAUAAACAUUCCAGAAAAGCUGCAUUCAGUCUACAAGACAGUAGAAAUACCGAUAAAGAAUCUGAGGUCCGAUAGAAAUAAGACAGAAAAGAAGAAAAAAAAGAAAGAGGAGAAAGUUGCCGGUAAUGAAAAAAGCGCCGAUAAGGGAUCUGAUCCUGAAUCGGAUGACGAUUCUAUUGGAUCUGCGAGCGAUCUACGAGAGGAAGAAGAUAGUCGUAGACCCGCUAAGGAUGAUGCUAUCAGUGAAACCAUCAGUGAAAGUAUCAAAACUUGCGGAUCGUCCGCUUACCACGCCGAAUGCGAGAGCAUGGCAACACAUGAAGAAGACUGUACUAGUAGAAUUAUAAGGACCAAACAACGACAAGAGACUAAAAAAGCAGCUGUCCAAUCUGAGGACAUGCUCUUCGUAGGGCACCAGUAUGGAGAGAAACCGUUGUUGAUGGAUGACGAAUUAGACUCGGACUGUGAAACCAAACAGUAUAAUAAUAAAUGGGCGUCGAAAGAUGUUCGAACGAAUAAGGCUGAUAUUUGGAUAGCUCCGUCUAGUAGCUUUGAAGAUAAUAAUGACGUUUUUGCUUUAGCUCCCUUUUCUAAAUCAAAGCCCAAGCAUGAUUUGGAAGAUAACCUUCAAACGGACCAAAAUUCCAUUGUACCGAAAACUUUUGAGGACGACUUUACAGAAAGUGGUGAAAAUCAAGUAGUUACUGCCAGUACACCGAACUCAAACCCUUUUUUAGAAGAUUUUAUCCCAGCAGAACCAUCCUUACCAACACCGAGCAUUGAAGUCACUAGUCAUAAACUAAACUACUUCGAUGAAGUCAACUUUCAACCCAACUUUGAAGCAUCUUUCCCGGACCUACCCAAAGAACACAGAGCCUCAUAUGAAAGUGUGGAGUUACGGGUCAAAAGAGAACCUAUUGACUUUUCCAACAGGGGCAGCGCAGAACUUCGUGCCAAAAGAGAACCCAUAGAAUUUUCCAACAGAGGUAGCAUAGAGCUUCGCUCCAAAAGGGAACCCAUGGAUUUUUCCAACAGAGGUAGCAUAGAGCUUCGCUCCAAAAGGGAACCCAUCGACUUUCCUAAUAGGGGCAGCAUAGAGCUUCGUUCUAAAAGGGAAGUCAUAGAUUUUCCCAAUAGGGGCAGUGUAGAGCUUCGUACCAAAAGGGAACCGAUGGACUUUUCUAACAGAAGCAGCGUUGAACUUCGUGUCAAAGGAGAUCCUAUCGAUAUCCCGAAUAGGGGAAGUUUUGAACUCAAACGUGACAGUUAUGACAGUCGGAGGGAAAGCUUUGAACCGAAACGAGAGAGCCUAAAACGGGAAAGUAUGGAACUGUCUAAAAAAGAACAUCUUUUCACAGAACUGCUUCUACCAAAUACUUACGUCAGUAAGAAUUUACCAUCUCCAAUGUCUUCUCGGAGCAGCUUAAAACUAGAAUUUAUAGACGAGAAUCAGACUCAGGAUGGUGGUCACAAAAACAAGAAAGAAAAAAAGAAGGAUAAAGAUCAGAAAACUAAGUAUUUCUUGAUCGAUGAUAACCUCUCUGACGACAGCAGUACAUUUGCAGGUAAACCGAAGAAGUCGGCUAAAGCCGACAAGACUUCGAAGAAAGCUAAUUCCAAGUCGAAAAAAUCUUCUAAAGACCGAAAUGACGGUGGUUUUAGUAAUAUGAGCUUUGAAGAUUUCCCUUCAGACGACAGAGAGAUAAUCGAGAGUUCCAUCAUGCCUUUCGAAGUACUGAGGAGUCCCGAGCAAGAACAGAAAAGCUUCGGAAUGAAACGAAUUGGCAAUCCAUUUUCCUGA